UUUACAUUACUUUUAAUCUUUUUUUUUCCGUCGAAAGUAUGAAAAAAAUUUUUUUAACAAACAUGAUAUUGUCAGAUCAUUUCCUUCAAUCAUCGUUCUUUCUCAAGUUUCUCUUCUUUUGCUGUGUCUCACACGCACGAGGUCGUCACCAUGUCGUCGCAUUUAAACUGGAUGAUCAUCCGUAACAACAAUGCUUUUCUUCUCAAGAAGAGAAACAUCAGCAAGCCCUUCUCAACGGAGCCAAACAACUUGACAAACUUGAGCAGCUACCGCUACUCAGGUCUGGUCCACCGCAAAACCGUUGGAAUUGUGGACACCCCAGACAAGAAAGGUUUCACGGUAGUUUACAAGAAGCCAAAGGCUGCCACCAAGCCCGCUAAAGCUACCAUCAGACGGACAAUGAAAGCCGGAGCUCGUCGUUCUCUCUACAAGUUAAAGAACUUGUUAUCAUGCAAUAAAUACCGUCGUGAUCUUAUUAAGCCAGCUCUUCGUCGUGCAAGUGCUGUCCUCCGAUCGCAGAAACCACUCCCGGCUAAGAAGACCCGUGCUCCUAAAAAAGCUGAUUAAACUUGCUAAUUUUAUUAAUAAAAUAAUUGAAACUAAUUUUCAACC